AUGGAUAAAACAAAAGUUGAAGCCUUUUUUAUUUAUGAUGAAGAUAUAAAGAAAACUGAUAAAUCUAUGACUGAUGAACAACUACAAGCAGAAAAAGUUAUAUAUUACUAUCCAAAUGAAACUGAGGAAAAUAUAAAGGUUUCUCACACUAGUACAAUGGAAGGAAUAUCAACUUUUGUCAAUCAAUUUAGUAAAUCACACUUAGAUCAUAUUGUAACAAAUAACAAUUUGAUUGUUAUAAAUAAAUGGUAUAAACAUAUAUUUGUUGCUAUUAUUGUAAAAAAUAUUUAUAAAAAUAACAAAAUGGAAUUAUUAAUGUGUAGAUUAUUACAUUCAAUUUUGAAUAAUUUUAUUUCAAUAUUUACAUUGCUACAUGGUCAUAUUCGAAAUUUUUUAAAAUAUAAGAAAUUUAAAACAGUAGAAAGUAAAAAUAAAAAAAAAGAGGUUUUGCAAACUCUUUUAGAUGAUUAUGUAUUUACAUAUAUAAAUACAAUAAAGAAUGAAAAUAUAAGUAUUCAUAAUGAGCUUCAAAGUUUUCAUUUUUUUCCUAUUGAAAAGCAUACUUAUGUUUCUAUUCAGAAUUUAAUUUCAUCUUUAAUAUUGGAUCAUAAGCAGAUUAAGCAUGGUGGCUUAUUUUAUGAAGGAUAUUUGAUAUAUUCGAGUUUGCCAGUUGAUGAUAUAAAAAUUAUUUAUAAUUAUUUGGUUUCAUAUAAUGGAACGGUAAAUAAUUUAAAAUUAAGUCAAUAUCCUUUUAAAAAAAUUGCUUCAUCUGCAGCAAUUAAUGCAAAUGGUGGCUUAUCGAGUUUUGCGAGAUGUAAUUCAGUAGACGAAAAAAAUUGUUUUCUCUUAGGAAUAAAAAAAUCAUCUGUUUUCAUGCCUAUAAUAACUUUAAGUGGAGAAAAAAAAUAUAAGCUUGUGGUAUUUAUUUAUAAGGAAAUAUUACUGAUGCUACUGAUUAAAGGAUGUACAAUAAAGGAUGAAGAUUUUGAUACUUUAAUAGAUGUUCAAAAUAAAUGUACAAGUGAAACUUCUAAUAAUAUUUAUAAUUUACUAAGGCUAAAUGAUAAUUUAUCAAAACAAUUUAAAAAACACGUAAAUCAGGAAGAUGCUAUUCGAUUUUUUUAUUAUAAUAACUCUAAUAAUUCUAUUAAAUAUUCUUCUAAUAACAAAAAAAUUAGUAAUGAAGAAACUUUUAUUAUUGCUGAUUUUCAUUCUUUAUUUAAUGAUUCUGAAAUAAAAUAUAAUAAUAUUAAAUUUAAUAAAAGCGAGUACUUAAAAAAUAAUAAAAAAUCUAAUUUGUCAAACGAAUUAUUUAAUUUUGAGAAUAGUAUUCAAAGUAAUUUAAAAAAGGAAGAAAAUAAUAAAGAAAAAGAUAAAGAAAAUAAUAACGAUAAGAUAAAUGAACAAAUAGGAAUCCAAACACAACAUUCAGAAAUAGAAGAGUUAAAAAAAAAAGUAGACGAUUCACAACUACAAAAGGAUUUGCUAAUAAAAAGUCAAAAAACAAAAAAUGGAAGCAUUGAUACACAGGAAAAAGAAGAUCAAAACAUAAAAAUACAAAUAGAAAAUAAAACAGAAAAAUACAAUAUUGAAGCUAUACAGAAAAAAGAAAAAACUGAAAAAAUAGAAAAUGUUAACAUAAAAAAUGAAGAAAAACUUGAAUCAGAGCAUUUAGAAAAUGAAGAUUCAAAGAAAAUUGACCAAAAAACAUUAGAACAACCUGAAACAGACAACAUAAAAAAGGUUGAAAAAAAAAAAUUAAAAUUAAUUUGUAAUCAGGAAUUAAAAAAAAAAUUAUUUGAAGAUAAUAGUGAUGACGUAAAAAUUGAAAAAAUUUUUUACAAAGAAGCAAAUAGUCCAUGGAUAUUUGGAAAGAAAUCAUUAGAAAGAGAACUUUUUAUAUUUCCUGAUGAAACCAAAAUGUCACUAUCAAAAGCUCAACAAGAAAUAAAUAAAAUAAUCGAAAGUAAUUUUUCCAAUAUAUAUAUUUAA